CUUGUGCUGUAGGGGGAGGCAAAAUGCUAGUUAAAACAGUUUAGAUGCAGAGGCAUCAAAGACCUUGAGCAAUAUCUCAAGGAGAAUAGUUCUUCAUGAGGAGAGAGGGGAGAUGACCUUUAGGUGGAAAACAGUUCCUUCAUGACGCUACACUCCCAAAGUCCAGGAAAAAAAGUUUUUAUUGUUAAAGUUUCAACUCAAAGAGCUCAGGUUUAGAGCGCUCCUAGUCUCAUAAAAGCCUCCUGCCCUCUGGUGGAGGAUUUAGGUACUGUAGAUGAAAUAUAACAGUCAUGUCUGUUUCUUUUGUAUAUUUAUUACUAAAAUAUUUCUCGCCUCAAACGUUUAUUGUUUUCGAUUGAAGCCCAUUAAAUAAUUAGUCUGAUCAGAAACUAAAGCCCUUUUCCCUCUAGCAUCGGCUCUGCGUGGUCUGGGUGGCAUAGAGAGUGUCCACAUUAGUAUGGCCUGCCUUUUUCAGGGUGCAACCAGACUGUAUUUCAGCCCUCUUACCGAGGUGAUCUGAUUCAGGCUGACCAGGGCCAACACACCCACUGCUGACUGAUAAGCCGGCUCAAAUUCACACCUUCCGUUAGGGGAAGCCUUUGAUUGGGUAGAAUCAGCCAGUUACCUAAGAGCUGAGAACAUCACUGACUGCAUGAGUUGUUUUAACUUUUAUUUGCUGAUGUUUUGACCUCUCAGCCAUCCUCAGAGCUUGCCAACGUUGGCGGCGUCACUUCUUUCUCUGUUUAUCCACAAGCAGCAGAGGAUUCUGUCGCCCUCUGCUGCCCGCGCUCUCCUCACCGAUGACACAGUCCCACGCACGAUCCAAUGUGUAGACCCCAUUGACCAACAAGUCCAAGACACACAAGAGCAGUGAAACAAGAAGCAGAAAUUACAAUAAAGGCAUCAGCCGUAACAGACCACUACACAAGGGGAAACCACUUGAUGGACUGGGACAGAACACAAAUCAUAAACACAGAACAACAUCAAUAGAAAAGACGGAUUAAGGAAGCCACAGAAAUAAGGAGAGGUGGACACACAACCAUGAACAGAGACAAUGGGGUCUACACCUGAAAAGUUCUGUAACACAGCACAGCUCAAUGUCAGAGAUGUCACAAGUGCUGCAAUUGGCAGCUGAUUCCUGCCAAGGAAUGUGUGACUAGAGUUGCAACAUGCGUUAAAUGGAAUGAAGGGUGAUUGGGUGUGAUAACGGCUUUAAAAUCCACCCAUGCACAGAGUCACCUGUCAGAGCUGCAGAGCCACUAAGAGCUGUGUUUUCUUGUUGGGGAACAGAUUCUUCAGAGAGAUGAUGGCACUGGACAGACCCAAUAGCUACAGCAGAUCCAACACAGCAGUUUUUAAGGGAGUGGACCUCCACAGCAGGACCAACAACACUGAGCACCACACCAGUGAGAUCUCUGUGGAUCAGCUGAUUGUGAGGCGAGGCCAGCCCUUCAUCCUGACCCUGAAACUGGCUCAACCUUUCAACCCUGACCUGGAUCAGCUCAUCAUGACAGCUGAGACAGGAAACUAUCCAUCUGAGACCCGGGGGACGAUGUCACGCUUUGGUGUCCCAAACAAAGUUCCAGCUUCAGCGUCCUCUAAGGCGGUGUGGAAGGCAGAACUUCAGAAGGGUUCUUCUCCUGAAACAGGAAGCUUGACUCUGACCAUCAAACCCCCAGCAGAUGCCCCCAUAGGGGAAUACAAGCUGUCUGCUAAACACAAGGAGGAGGAGCAGGUGCUGGCUAACCUGUCGGUGCUCUUCAACCCCUGGUGUUCUGACGACUGGGUGUUCCAGCCUGAUGAUGAACAGAGACAAGAGUAUGUCAUGAAUGAACACGGGGUCAUUUACAGAGGGGUUGAUAAUUAUAUCUCUCAGAUGCACUGGGAUUUUGCACAGUUUGAGGAAGACAUGGUGAAAAUCUGUGUGAAAAUUCUGGACAUGAACCUCAAACACAAGCGUGACCCUGCUGAAGAUGUUUCUGCUCGCUGUAAUCCCAUCUACGUGAGCCGUGUGGUCACCUCUAUGAUUAACAACGCAAACUUUGGAGGCAUCCUGCAGGGAAGCUGGGGAAGUGACUUCAGAGGGGGGGUGCCUCCAUCCCACUGGAGCGGCAGCUACGCCAUCCUUAAGCAGUGGUACAGCUCUUUCUACUCGUCAGUCAAAUACGGACAGUGCUGGGUGUUCGCUGGCGUCAUGUGUUCAGUGAUGCGUCUGCUCGGGAUCCCGUGUCGUGUCGUCACCAACUACCAGUCUGCUCACGACACCAACAGAAAUCUGACCGUGGACACCUACUUUGCUGACUACGGCGUCAGAGCAAAGGAAUCCAAGGACAGCGUCUGGAAUUUCCAUGUCUGGGUUGAAGGCUGGAUGAGGCGACCUGAUCUGGCAAAAAACAACAAAUAUGAUGGAUGGCAGGUUCUAGAUCCAACGCCACAAGAAAAGAGUGAUGGUAUGUUCUGCUGUGGUCCAGCUCCAGUCACAGCCAUCCUGAACGGAGACACUCAUCUGAAAUACGACGUCUCAUUUGUCUUUGCUGAGGUCAAUGCUGACUGUGUUUGCUGGCUGGUAAAAAAGGAUGGCACCAUGGACAAGAUCUCCACUGACAACAUAACAGUUGGACAGAACAUCUCCACCAAGUCCAUCAGCUCCAAUAAGAGGAUGAACAUCACCGACAGCUACAAGCAGAGAGAAGGAACUGAGCAGGAAAGAUCUGUCUUUAGGUACGCCCUGGACAGACUGAAGAGUGAAGCAACAGGAGAAGGAGACACUGGUGGGAGCGGUGAGAAGGUCCUGAGCGGAACGUCAGAGAUGAACACCACGGACCCCGUGCGCACAGCGGAGACAAACAAACCAUCACAACUUAUCAUUCAGUUUAAAGAGGACUCCAGACCAGUCAACGGUGGGGAUGUGAAUCUGAAGCUGAUUCUGAGCAGCGAAAGCACCGUCACUAGGCUGCUGUCCGUCAACAUCAGCAUCCAGGCCAUGAGGUACACCGGCCAACCAGCUGGGAACAUCCAGACUGAGGUGACAGAGCAGAAGCUGCUGCCUGGGCAAGAUCUGUCCAUCCCGAUCCUGGUCCCAUUCUUGACCUACCAUAAAUAUAUGAUAGUGUCUCAAAGCUUGAACGUUUCAGUCAUAAUCACAGACCUGCAGAACAAAGAGAACAUCUACCUGGCUGAGACCCGCAUUAAACUGAUGGACCCACCGAUCUCCAUCACAGUUUUAGGUGAAGCCGUGGUGGGCCGUGAGCUGACUGCAGAAGUGAUGUUCAUGAAUCCAGUAAAGGAGACACUGAGGAACUGCACCCUGACUCUUUCUGGAAGUGGCCUUUUCACUGGGGAGAUUAUAACCAACCUUCCAGACCUGCAGCCCAGCAACAGAAUCCGAGUCCAGUUCCCGAUGUUUCCCUACAGGAGCGGAGAAAGAUCUCUCAUGGUGGAUUUUGACUGUUCCUCUUUCAGGGACAUUAAAGCCAGCUGCACCGUCUAUGUUAAAUAAUAAACCCAUCUCAUUUCUAUUCCCUUUAAAGCAUCUACAUUUAAAUUCGUGUUUGAUUAAAUGUGUUUUCAUCAAUUAUUUCUAUUGGAAAGAAUCACAUAGACAAGCACGAUGAAGUUUAUGUAAAGUAAGUUCAUCUUUGCCCUUAUUUAGUCUUUGUUAAUUAGGAUCUACUGGCAGGUAAACCUGCAGCAGGUACACAUCAGAGCUGGAUGACCAAUAGCAGCAUAUUUUAGUGAUACAGGCAGAUGAUUAAAUCUAGAAAUGACCUGUUUAAGGUGAGAACAGCUGCAUCACAGGAUGAUUUAUUACUCAGUAGGCUACCUCAUCACAGUCAAUCAUUUUAGAUCAUGUUUAAUUUGUUGUUUACAGACGUUCACAGUAGAUUUGUACAAACUUGCAGACUUUGUCCUUUUCAACCAGAGGCUUCAUAAUUUAUAAUUUACUCAGUAAAAAGGUCAAGGUCAAUUUUAAACGGCUGUUGCUGACCAAAGUGCUUCACAGCAUAAGAAGCAGAUCACAAGAAUAAAAUAGAAAAACUGAAUAAAAACUGGCUUGAUUAAAUGUUCAGGGCAAUUCUUGAUGAAAGCCCUUUGCUUAAAAAAAUCAUAUAUAUUAUGAAAUGACACUAAAACGAAAUGAAAAGAGGUAGAAAAUACCUCAUUAGUCCCUAACUAAAAGCAAACUCCUAAAAAUACUAGGUUUAAAAAUGACUCCGUGUCUGAGCAGCCCUAACAUCUGCAGGAAAACCCACCAAGAAGCCUGGGUUGAUUGGUUUUAUAUUUUAUAAUUUAAUGACUAUUUUUUUCUGAUGUUAAUCCAUUUCAUUAUGAUUUUACAACUUUACGUUUUAUUUUGUUUGGAUCUGUGUGAAGUACUUUGUGAUUCCAUGUCUGUGAUAAGUGCUAUAUAAAUAAAAUUUACUUACUUUA